AUGAUGUGUGCCCCCUCGAUGUGGCUCGGAACGCGCACGCCGCGAAAGGUGAUAAUAGCGGCGCAACGGGCGGGAAGGGUUGCGGAUGAGCGCGCAGGAAGCCAAUACGCGGGCGGCCACGGCGCGGGAAGCUACGGCGAGCGCGCAGCAGCAAGGGCGCUCAGGGGCGAUGCAGCUGCAGAUGGGCGCGCGGACCGGGGGGACCAGGCGGGGGAGAGGCAGGGUGGGGGAGGGGGGACAGGGCGGGGGAGGGGACAGGCAUCACGUCUGCUCAAGACGUGGCGUGGCGCAGGCUUGCGCUCGACUGCACGGAGCAGGCUUGCGCUCGACUGCACGGAGCAGGCUUGCGUUCGACUGCACGGAGCAGGCUUGCGCUCGACUGCACGGAGCAGGCUUGCGCUCGACUGCACGGAGCAGGCUUGCGCUCGACUGCACGGAGCAGGCUUGCGCUCGACUGCACGGAGCAGGCUUGCGCUCGACUGCACGGAGCAGGUGAGCGUAGUGCGAGAGGCGUGUGCGAGAGGCGUGUGCGAGUGGCGUGUGCGAGAGGCGUGUGCGAGUGGCGUGUGCGAGUGGCGUGUGCGAGUGGCGUGUGCGAGUGGCGUGUGCGAGAGGCGUGUGCGAGUGGCGUGUGCGAGUGGCGUGUGCGAGUGGCGUGUGCGAGUGGCGUGUGCGAGUGGCGUGUGCGAGUGGCGUGUGCGAGUGGCGUGUGCGAGUGGCGUGUGCGAGAGGCGUGUGCGAGUGGCGUGUGCGAGAGGCGUGUGCGAGUGGCGUGUGCGAGUGGCGUGUGCGAGUGGCGUGUGCGAGAGGCGUGUGCGAGAGGCGUGUGCGAGAGGCGUGUGCGAGUGGCGUGUGCGAGUGGCGUGUGCGAGUGGCGUGUGCGAGUGGCGUGUGCGAGAGGCGUGUGCGAGUGGCGUGUGCGAGUGGCGUGUGCGAGUGGCGUGUGCGAGUGGCGUGUGCGAGAGGCGUGUGCGAGAGGCGUGUGCGAGUGGCGUGUGCGAGUGGCGUGUGCGAGAGGCGUGUGCGAGAGGCGUGUGCGAGAGGCGUGUGCGAGUGGCGUGUGCGAGUGGCGUGUGCGAGUGGCGUGUGCGAGAGGCGUGUGCGAGAGGCGUGUGCGAGUGGCGUGUGCGAGUGGCGUGUGCGAGUGGCGUGUGCGAGUGGCGUGUGCGAGUGGCGUGUGCGAGUGGCGUGUGCGAGAGGCGUGUGCGAGUGGCGUGUGCGAGAGGCGUGUGCGAGUGGCGUGUGCGAGUGGCGUGUGCGAGUGGCGUGUGCGAGAGGCGUGUGCGAGUGGCGUGUGCGAGUGGCAUGUGUGUGCGAGUGGCGUGUGCGAGAGGCGUGUGCGAGAGGCGUGUGCGAGAGGCGUGUGCGAGUGGCGUGUGCGAGUGGCGUGUGCGAGUGGCGUGUGCGAGAGGCGUGUGCGAGAGGCGUGUGCGAGAGGCGUGUGCGAGUGGCGUGUGCGAGUGGCGUGUGCGAGUGGCGUGUGCGAGUGGCGUGUGCGAGUGGCGUGUGCGAGUGGCGUGUGCGAGUGGCGUGUGCGAGUGGCGUGUGCGAGAGGCGUGUGCGAGAGGCGUGUGCGAGAGGCGUGUGCGAGUGGCGUGUGCGAGUGGCGUGUGCGAGUGGCGUGUGCGAGAGGCGUGUGCGAGAGGCGUGUGCGAGAGGCGUGUGCGAGUGGCGUGUGCGAGUGGCGUGUGCGAGUGGCGUGUGCGAGUGGCGUGUGCGAGUGGCGUGUGCGAGUGGCGUGUGCGAGUGGCGUGUGCGAGUGGCGUGUGCGAGUGGCGCGUGCGAGUGGCGCGUGCGAGAGGCGUGUGCGAGUGGCGUGUGCGAGUGGCAUGUGUGUGCGAGUGGCGUGUGCGAGAGGCGUGUGCGAGAGGCGUGUGCGAGAGGCGUGUGCGAGUGGCGUGUGCGAGUGGCGUGUGCGAGUGGCGUGUGCGAGAGGCGUGUGCGAGAGGCGUGUGCGAGAGGCGUGUGCGAGUGGCGUGUGCGAGUGGCGUGUGCGAGUGGCGUGUGCGAGUGGCGUGUGCGAGUGGCGUGUGCGAGUGGCGUGUGCGAGUGGCGUGUGCGAGUGGCGUGUGCGAGAGGCGUGUGCGAGAGGCGUGUGCGAGAGGCGUGUGCGAGUGGCGUGUGCGAGUGGCGUGUGCGAGUGGCGUGUGCGAGAGGCGUGUGCGAGAGGCGUGUGCGAGAGGCGUGUGCGAGUGGCGUGUGCGAGUGGCGUGUGCGAGUGGCGUGUGCGAGUGGCGUGUGCGAGUGGCGUGUGCGAGUGGCGUGUGCGAGUGGCGUGUGCGAGUGGCGUGUGCGAGUGGCGCGUGCGAGUGGCACAUGCGGGACAAGGCUGCAGAUAGGAGGCGAGGCAUGCAGGUUGCGGUGGGGUGUGGUGGGUUAGGAUGGAUGGAGGAGCCCCGCAAUGCGAUCGCUGAGCGCACCACAGCAUGUCCACUCACACCCCGUCUGCUCACUCACACCCCGUCUGCUCACUCACACCCCGUCUGCUCACUCACACCCCGUCUGCUCACUCACACCCCGUCUGCUCACUCACACCCCGUCUGCUCACUCACACCCCGUCAGCUCACUCCCACCCCGUCUGCUCACUCACACCCCGUCUGCUCACUCACACCCCGUCUGCUCACUCACACCCCGUCUGCCCACUCCCACCCCGUCUGCCCACUCCCGCCCCGUCUGCCUACAACCCGUCUGCCCACUCUGCGGCACGAGCGCACUCUCUGGACUUGUCUGUGGCAACGGGGCAGCUGUGCUGGACCGCUGUGUGCUGACGGGGCAGCUGUGCUGGACCGCUGUGUGCUGACGGGGCAGCUGUGCUGGACCGCUGUGUGCUGA